GAAGUGUCCCGGACAUUUCCACCAUUCAACAUUUUAGUGAGCCGUAGGAACGUGACAGCUCGGAAAUGAAGCUAUUUUGCCUUGUUUUGGUUAUUUACGUUGUGGCUCUGACCCUCUUCGGAGUCGAUGGACGCGGCGGGGGCACCACAAACGGAGUGGAGGAUCCCAAGUUCGUGGGGCUGUUCAAGCGGGCUCGUCGUAGUGCCUUGGACGAAAAGCUGGUGGCCAACGAGCCGCCGCCGCCGCCCAAACAGUUCAGGCAACGUCGUCAGGCUCCACCUGGCCUGCCCCCGCCACCGGAGGGUAUGCCAGUACCCCCGCAGUUCGUUAACUAAACAAAAAUGUUGUUGAAUGUAUAGCAUACAGUUGGGCGUUUGUGCAUGUAAAUGGGAACCACAUCGAAGCUAAUAAAACUCGUUUCAAGCAUUCCAAAAAUCAUAAAA